UGUCAGCGGUGCCGCGGUGCGUGUCCGCGCGGUUCCGAGCCCAAGCCCAAGGUUACGUGGCUGCCAUGGUUCCCGUUCCGUCGCCCCGUCCAUGUCUCCUCAUCCUCGUCUCGACACACCUUAAUUCCACCUCCGCCUCGCGACGCCAAUUUCAUUCCCGCCAUCGACGUCCUGGCAGCGGCAGCGGCAGCGGCUGAUCGACCAGAUGCGCCGUAAUUCGCCCUCGCUGCAUAGACGCUGACGGCCUCGACCCGGUCGCUUGGCCAUUCACCCGACGCUCGCUCCUUGAACCACCCACACACGGCCGCCCGCCCACCCCCUUGGUCACUGGCUCUCCAUUUCCAUCGACGACGCUCCCUCGAACCACCACCGUUGGCCUGCAUGGCCGCCGACCGUGCCUUUGCCGACCGGACACGCAAGCGACUGCCUGGCAGUUGCGCCUAGUGCACGAUGCCUUCGGAGAAGCAGCCCUUCUACGACCCCGUCCCGCCGACAUACGAUGAGGCCGUCGCCGGCAGCAGCCGCCGCGACCCCCGGGCUUGGGCCGACGAGCGCGACGCCACCGAGGCUGAGGCGCAAUCACUCCUUCCACACGCAGAAUCUUCGGGGAGCUCAUCCCGGCGACCCAACGGCUACCGCGCACCGACGGUAGAAACGGACGACGAGUCGAGCCUCUUUGGGAGCGACAGCGAUGACGAUGACGACGAGGAGGCCGCCCAAGUGCGGCGCGAGAUGCAAGAGAUGGAGAUUGAGGAGCCCUCGCGCUCGCGAGGCUCGUCAUGGGGCAAAAGGAUAGGUUUUGGACUCUCACUACCUCGGUGGAAGUGGUCGUGGAGGCCGAGGCUACCGCGCUUCCGUAUCCGGCUGCCCUCACGGGCACCCGCCGCGGAGAGCACCGAGACAACUGAAGAAGGCGAGGAAGCGACCGAUACGCGGAGAUUGCGGUGGCCGAAGCUCGACAGAUUGACCAUGGUGCUGGUGUUCGCUCGCAUCAUUGCUCUCUUUAUCGUGUUGGGCUUCCUCUACUUCCUCUUCGCCAGCGGCGUCUUCGGCAACCUGUCGUCGCGCCUCAACGGCGGCAUGCGCUUCGACCCGGAGGACCUGCGCCAGUUCCUGCAGGGCAGGGUCGAGCCCAUGCGGCUGCGCGCGUCGGUGCAACAUUUCUCCAACUACGCGCACAUUGCUGGCACCGAGGGCGACUACGCCACGGCAAUGGAUGUGAAGAGCAUGUUCAGCCGGGCUGGACUGGAUAAGGUGUCGGUGGACGAGUACUACGUCUACGUCAACUACCCCACAAAGGACGGCAGGGCCGUCCAAAUAAUGGACGACAAAGGCGAAAAGGCGAUCUGGACGGCGAAGCUGGAAGAGGAGGAACGGGGCGGCGAGACGGCCGGGCGCCAGACGUAUGCGUUCCAUGGGCAUUCCAAGGCUGGAGAUGUCAAGGGCCCGCUCAUCUACGCCAACUACGGCUCGCGAGACGACUUCAAGAAGCUCAAGGACAAGGGCAUCGACACCAAAGGCGCCAUUGCGCUGGUGCGAUACUACGGCACCGAGACCGACCGGGCACUCAAGGUAAAGGCGGCCGAGCUUGCGGGGUUCGCGGGUUGCAUCAUCUACAGCGACCCCGCCGAGGACGGGUACCUGAAGGGGCCUGUCGCACCCGAAGGCCGCUUCAUGCCCCAAGACGGCGUCCAGCGCGGCGCCGUCAGCCUCAUGAGCUGGAUGGUGGGCGACGUGCUGACGCCGGGGUGGGAGAGCAAAAAGGAUAGGCCGCGCAUGAAGGUCAACGAGACGGCGGGUUUGGUCAAGAUUCCGAGCCUGCCGCUGGCGUGGCGGGAUGCACAGGUCCUGCUGCAACACCUCAAGGGCCAUGGCGACAAGGUACCGGAUGGGUGGAAGGGGGGCGUGCCGGACGUGGAGUGGUGGACGGGCGACCAUUCGUCGCCGAUUGUGCGCCUCAAGAACGAGCAGGACGAGAACGAGCAACAGCCCAUCUGGAACGUGUACGGCAAAAUUGUCGGCAUGGAGCAGAGCGACCGGGCCAUCAUCCUCGGCAACCACCGCGACGCGUGGGCGUUUGGCGCGACUGACCCGCACUCGGGGACGGCCAUCAUGAUUGAGCUGGCGCGCAUCUUCGGCGACCUGGUGGCGCGAGGCUGGAGGCCGCUGCGGACCAUCGAGUUCAUGUCGUGGGAUGCGGAAGAGUACAACCUGAUCGGGUCGACCGAGUACGUGGAGAACAACCUCGAGGUGCUCCGGGAGCGCGCUUACGCCUACAUCAACCUCGAUACGGUGGUGACGGGCACCGAGUUUCGCGCCGCGGGCUCGCCGAUUUUGGAAAAGGCCCUGCUCCGGGCCCUGGACCGGGUGACGGACCCCAAGACGAACACGACGAUGCGGCAGUCGUGGAAGCCACCCAAGGGCCGGAUGGACGGGCUGGGGGCGGGCAGUGACUACGUGGCGUUCCAGGACAUUGCGGGGACGAGCUCGCUGGACCUCAUGUUCCAGGGCGACAUGUUCCCUUACCACUCGAGCUACGCCGACUUUGCGCUCGUGGAGAACGUCAUUGACCCGGGGUUCGUAUACCACCACGCGCUGGCGCAGGUCGUGGGGCUGAUUAUGCUCGACCUGGCGGACCGGGCGGUGCUGCCGUUUGACCCCGUGGUCUACGCCGAGGCCCUCAAGGGCUGGGUGCACGAUCUGAGCAAGUGGAUAGACGGUCGGGGUGGCAACAACGACGAGCGGACGAGGCUGCCGAUCAAGGAGCUCGAGGACGCCGUCGCGCUGGUCAAGAGCAACGCCGAGGAGUUUGCCAAAUGGGAGCUCGAGUGGGACCACCAAGUGCUGCAGACGGCGGGGUGGGAAGCCAACGACCUCGGGGCGAAGCGCAUCAUCUUCAACGACAAGAUGGCUGCGUUCGACACGGCCCUGCUGGACCUGGAGCUCGGCGGAGGGAUCCCCAACCGCACGCAGUUCAAGCACGUCGUGUUCGGACCGCAGUUGUGGUCGGGCUACGACGAGAGCUACUUCCCAGCCAUCCGCGACACGGUCGAGGCGGGCGACUGGGAGUUGGCGCGGCGCAUCAUGGCCAAGACGUCGGCGAUUCUGCGCAGCGCGGCGACGGUCCUCCAAAUGGAGAAGUAAGGAGGGGGCGAUAUCCCCCCGAGAUGCGGUGAGACGAACAGUCUACUAUUCCCUUGUACAACUUUGGCUACAAAUCGCGUGGGCUGCGGACCCUUGUGGGGGGUUUGCUUGCUUGCUCGCUGAAGAGGAGGAAGAAGCAUCAGAUAUGUCGCGGGCGCUAUUCCUACCCCCCCUUUUUUGGUUUUUGGACUCUUGACAUGCCUCGUCCGGCCGUUGGGUUCCGUGUCUUUUUUUGUUGUUGUAUUGUGUCACUCGUCUGCACGGGCACGGAGCGUGUGUGCUCUUGGGGCCCUCGGCAGAGCGGUCAUUGCAUGGAGUUGGGAUUGCUUGGAACGGCCGGUCCCGGGGAGUAGGCCGAGGGGACGGUCGUGUCUGAAGUCGAUGAAUAGCAUUAGCGCCAUCCUCGACGGUCUGUCUUUUUGUUCUAAUUUGUCUGUGGUUACUGUGGCAGAAAGCGUCGUAUGGGGAAUUAUGAUCUGAGUGAACAGCGCUUCUUUGUCUUUUGAUUCCGAUCUCUUUGUAGUACGUGUAUAUGUCGCCGCUUGACGGGGCAUUAUCAUCAUCAUCAUCAGCACUGCG